AUGGCGCAGACCAACCCCAACGCGAWCAACGUGAAUGAUCCGGGCCUCAUCACGCUCGUCAACAAGCUUCAGGAUGUCUUCACCACCGUCGGCGUACAAAACCCCAUCGACCUGCCUCAAAUCGCUGUCGUGGGCUCACAGUCCAGCGGUAAGAGUUCCGUGCUGGAAAACAUUGUAGGACGAGACUUUCUGCCACGAGGCACCGGUAUCGUGACGAGAAGACCACUCAUCCUCCAGCUCAUCAAUCGAACGACACCCCCAACCAAGCAAGAGAACGGAGACGCCAACGGCGAGGAAUCGACAGAUAAAGAGGCCAACGCUGAGGAAUGGGGAGAGUUCCUACACAUUCCAGGACAAAAGUUUCACGAUUUCAACAAGAUUCGCGAGGAGAUUGUGAAGGAGACGGAGAGCAAGACUGGCAGAAAUGGAGGCAUCUCACCUGCACCCAUCAACCUGCGAAUCUACUCACCCAACGUCCUCACACUCACGCUGGUGGAUUUGCCUGGAUUGACCAAGGUACCAGUAGGCGACCAGCCUCGCGAUAUUGAGAGACAAAUCAGGGAGAUGGUGUUGAAGCAAAUCUCCAAGCCAAACGCCAUCAUUCUUGCAGUCACAGCAGCCAACUCUGAUUUGGCCAACUCCGAUGGACUGAAGCUCGCGAGGGAGGUCGACCCAGAAGGACAGCGGACGAUUGGUGUGUUGACGAAAGUGGAUCUCAUGGACGAGGGUACCGACGUUGUGGAUAUUCUGGCUGGUCGCAUCAUUCCACUACGGUUAGGAUACGUGCCUGUGGUGAAUCGUGGGCAGAGGGACAUCGAGACGAAGAAGGCCAUCUCAUACGCGCUCGAGAAUGAGAAGAACUUUUUCGAAAACCACAAGGCGUACCGGAACAAGGCUUCUUACUGUGGUACGCCCUACUUGGCACGGAAGCUGAACCUGAUCUUGAUGAUGCAUAUCAAGCAGUCGCUGCCAGACAUCAAGGCCCGGAUUUCUGGUUCUCUGCAGAAGUAUUCGGAUGAGCUCAAAACACUCGGAGACAGCAUUCUUGGCAACCCAGCGAACAUCAUCCUCAACAUUAUCACGGAAUUUUCGAAUGAGUACCGGACUGUAUUGGAGGGUCACAAUGCAGAGCUGUCUUCGGUGGAGCUGUCUGGUGGCGCACGUAUCGCAUUCGUCUAUCACGAACUGUACAGCAAUGGUAUCAAGGCAGUGGACCCAUUCGACCAAGUCAAGGACAUUGACAUUCGCACCAUCCUCUACAACUCUUCCGGAUCUUCACCUGCACUUUUCGUCGGUACUACCGCAUUCGAGCUUAUCGUAAAGCAGCAAAUCAAGCGCCUGGAAGAGCCCUCUUUGAAGUGUGUCAGCCUCAUCUACGACGAAUUGGUACGAAUUCUCGGACAACUCAUGAACAAGCCUCUCUUCCGCCGCUAUCCCGCGUUGAAGGAGAAGCUCCAUGCCGUCGUCAUUGCAUUCUUCAAAAAAGCCAUGGAUCCCACCAACUUCCUCGUCAAAGAUCUUGUCGCAAUGGAGGCGUGUUAUGUCAACACCGGCCACCCAGAUUUCUUGAAUGGACACCGCGCAAUGGCGAUUGUGAAUGAAAAGCACGCGGCCAGCAAACCAAUCCAAGUGGACCCCAAGACUGGAAAGCCCCUUCCCAACGCCGUUGCACCACCGAGAAGUAACAGCCCUAGCAUGGAUCUCAAUGGUGACGGUGCUGGCUUCUUUGGAUCCUUUUUCGCCAGCAAGAACAAGAAGAAGAUGGCUGCCAUGGAAGCUCCUCCUCCUACGUUGAAGGCGAGUGGGACGUUGAGCGAGAAGGAGACGCAGGAAGUGGAGGUGAUUAAGUUGUUGAUUACGAGUUACUACAACAUUGUGAGGAGGACGAUGAUUGACAUGGUGCCCAAGGCUAUCAUGUUGAAGCUUGUCGAACACACGAAAGAGGAAAUGCAGAGGGAAUUGCUGGAGCAAAUGUACCGGACCACGGAACUGGAUGAUUUGCUGAGGGAGAGCGACUACACCGUGCGAAGGCGGAAGGAGUGUCAGCAGAUGGUGGAGAGCUUGGGGCGGGCUAGUGAGAUUGUUAGUCAGGUGCAAUGA